AUGCAAUCAUGUCGUGCCUAUUUUACAUAUUUACAAUUAAGUAAUACAACUAUUUCAUGGAAACGUCUUAUACCACAAUUAUUCUCUCGUUUAAAUCAUUCUGGUAGUUUUGUGAGAGAUUAUGUUACUAAUUUAUUGAUACAGAUAGCAAAAGAUUUUCCACACUUAAUUCUUUAUUCAGUUGUUGUUGGAAUAACGGAUGAUUCAAAAAUGAGACGAAUAGAAUCAAGAGAUGAUAAUAUUUAUCAGAGAAAAUUUGCGAGUACACAUGAAUCAGAAGAUGACGAAGAAGAAAUGAAAGAAGAAGAUGAUAUUGAAAAACAAGAAAAUGCUGUCGCUAUGCAGAAUAGCUUUCGAUUAAUUUAUAUGUACUUUCGGAAACAAAUUCACAUGUUUUUGGGCAAGUUAAAUUAUUUGUACAUGAAAUACGACGUGUUACUGUUCUAUGGGAUGAACUUUGGCUAGGAACAAUGACACAACUUCAGGAAGAAAUUAGUUGGUUAAUUUCAAAGAAAGUUUUAGAAGACGAAUAAUGUUUCAUCAGAUUAUAUUAUCAGCUAGGCGAAGUUUCUCAACUGAUUAAGGAUGUGUGGGUGUGUCUAUGGUAGUUAUUUUUCUAUUUACCCACACCCAUACCCCUAGAACAAGAUCAAUCUAUUCUUGUAUGCAUAGUUUUUCAGUGUAAAUAAAACAAUAAAUGUAUUUCAAUUAUGUUUGACAGUUAGCCAUGCAUAUAUCAUUGAAGUUGUUCAAUUAAAAAAUUAUCUCUUCAAUCUAUUGCAAUGUUUAGAAAAAGAGAAAAAUAUUUCAUUGUUUUUCAAACACUAGUCCUAAGAAAAGCACGAUAGAUUACUGAUUCUAACUAGAAAAUUAAAGUUGAUCUUGUUUGAUUAUUUCAAAGGAUGACAGUUGAGUAUACAAAACCGAAAUGUUCGACACAUGAUUACGGUUGACACAGGUAAACUGAGGGUGUGGAUGUGAGUAUGGAUUGUAUAGAAAAUCAAUGAAUCAAAAGCGUUUCCGGAUUUCGGGUGUGGGAUACGGGUGGAUAGAGGUGAUGGAAACGUGUUGGCGUGAUUAGAGAUCUGUGCACCCAACAUCCACACUCUCGUUGCUGAAUCAUGAUGCAGUAUGAUGUAAGAACUAUUUUGCACUCCUUCAUUCACUGAUCGUCUUUUGCAAAUCAAUCACAUAUAAAAGCUACUUGCAAAUAAAGAUCCACCCUCGGCAAUGAAAUCAUUGCCGAAAUCGUUGCUGCUUCUUCGGAAGCAUUCUAUUUAAUUAAAUGAAACGAAAUAUUUGUAGUUUAUGAAUGUACUAGUUUUUAAUUCAAGAGAAAAAUAAAAUAGCAUCUAUUGAGAAGCUACUUCAUCAAAAUAAUUUCGUAUUAUAUUCAGGUUAGGAAGGAGCUUGUUUCAGAAGAAUUCGAUCAAGAACGCUCAAUUCUGUGAGACAAGUAUCCCUGUCUUCUAGUUUAUGAGAAAUUUCAUAAAUCUUGCUUGACUUUGUCUCUCUCAUUUACUGCGCAAUCAGUAUGUCGAAACAAGAUAUAAUGGUGACUCAUCGUUGCAAGAAUGUAACUACUGUGCAACUUUUGCUAUUUGUCAAAGAAUAAAGCUUACUGCUUCUGUUACUGGAAAGCAUACUUACCUGACACAAGAACUUCCUUGAUCACAAAUAAGGAAGUCUCUGGUUGAGGCUCUACCAUUGCACAUUGGACGCGCUGAAGCUAGUGAGAGGUCCACAUAGGAUCUCCUCGAGUGGAUCAUUUUUCACGCUGUGUUGAGCGUUCGCGCUCGAUCCUUCAAUUAAAUUAAAAUAAUUUCACAACUGUUAUCAAACUGCUGAAUAUCUGAUUAAAGAAACUUGAAUUCUAUCAGUGAAAUCAUUGAGUCUAGCUUCUGAGCCGGAUGUAAUUAAGAAUUUGAUUUGUUUUGAACGAAAAGAACAUUUAGACAUUAGAUAUUGUUGAAAUAGCCAAUAAAAAUAUUGUACUCUUCGAAAAUAAUUCGUGCAGCAAAUAAAUUUCUGUGUUACAGAUGAUAAAAGAGUUCCAGCAGCAAAUGUCGUUAUUAUUACUGUGCCGAUAUAAGCACUCGGCCUAUCCUAGGCAAUGUACAUAACGACUUUCUCCUCAUUGUCAUGUGUAUUCUCUCUUCCUCUUUGUCAUGUAUAUUCUAUCUUCCUCUUUGUCGUGUUCCUUCUCGUUCUCUCCGGUUGAGUGACGCGCCC